UUAGCGCUAAAAACCCUAGUACAAAAAAGCCGCUUCCUUUCUCUUUACCCCAAAAUUGCAACGACGCCGCUUCCUUUUCCUCUAGAGCUAGGGCUUCUCUGCAUCUGCAGCUAUGGGUAAGGGAACAGGGAGUUUUGGUAAGAGGAGGAACAAGACCCACACUCUCUGCGUGAGGUGUGGCCGCCGCAGCUUCCACCUCCAGAAGAGUCGUUGUGCCGCCUGUGCUUUCCCUGCUGCUCGCAAGAGGAAGUAUAACUGGAGUGUGAAGGCCAUUAGAAGAAAGACAACUGGAACUGGAAGAAUGAGGUACCUGCGCCAUGUACCUCGCAGGUUCAAGAGUGGUUUUAGAGAAGGCACUCAAGCAGCACCAAGGAAGAAGGGAGCAGCAACAUCUGCUUAAGGCUAGAGGCUAUUGCUGGCAUAUAUCCUGUUACAGAUUCAGUCAACAAUUAUGUGUUGGAACAUAUUUUUAUGAGAACAUUGUUUGAUGGUUGUUAUUCACUUUUGAUGCUAUUUAGUCUAUUGUAGUUCUCUUUGCUCUGUAGUUCUUUUUGAUCUUUAAUGGGGAUUUGGAGACUAGAGACCAUUUAAUUACCUGAUGUCUCCAUUGAAGUGCCGCAAUUCUAUCUUUUGGCUCGACAUGAAGUAGUAUGUGCAAUAUCUGUCUACAUAUUUAGCAGUCAUUCUGUCAUUUGUUGUAACUGUAACUAAUUCAGGUUUCAGUACCUAAAGCAACGCAAUGUAACAAUUCCUUUUGUUUUCA